AUGGCGGACGAUAUCGACACCGAUGCGCCGAUCGGACACAGCUCUGAGCCUAAAAACAGCAAGUCAGAUAUUGUCGCAGCCUACAUGACGCUGGCUACACGCGAACACACGGAGCUUGGUGUACUGCAAUUCAAGGUGUUUAUGAAACACGUGAGCCUUGCGGGCUUCUUGAAGAUGAUCAAGUUUGACGAGGAAGACCAGGCAUCGGGAGAUUCGGUGAUCUGUGCAUUCGAAGAAUGUGCGAAGAGGGACAAGGAGCUCGGCUUUCACGACCCUGUUCUAGUCGCCAUUGGCAAAGAGCCCGGCUAG